AUGAGCUUCGCCACCUCUGCAACCCGUCAAUCGUCUUCCCGUCCUCCGCGUUCUUCUUCUUCUGCUCGACAGUGCCUUCUCUGCUGCCGAUCUGGACAUGAAGCCCCAAAUUGUUUCCGGGUCAAACCCUGCCCUCACUGUCAUCGUACGGGCCAUGACCCUCGUUGCUGUUUCGAGGUCGUCGGAUAUCCGGCGGGCUGGACAGGCAAGUCUUCUUCUCCGGCGGGGCAAGGGCGAACGAGCGGCGCAUCUUCUUCUUCUUCUGGGACUGACCGAGGAUUACUUCCCUCAAAUUCUGCCAAAUCGCACGCUACAGCUCUUGUUAGGGCCAAUUCUGUUGGGUCGGGUCUUGAUGGGCCUAGUAAUAUUGGUAGUAAUAUUGGUCCUUCUCUUCAAUUUGGCACUUAUAAUGCUAAUCAUGUCCCAGCUGGUACAGUAUUAUAUGGGAAAAGUCCCUAUGAGGUCCUUUUUGGAAAAGCGCCCCCUAUUUCGCACCUUCGUGUUUUUGGCUGCUUGUGCUAUGUUCACAAUCUGGAUCGUUCGGGGGAUAAAUUUGCUAGUCGUAGUAGAAAGUGUAUUUUUGUGGGCUAUCCUUUUGGGAAGAAGGGCUGGUCAGUUUUUGAUCUUGACACUCGGGAGUUUCUUGUUUCUCGAGAUGUUAAAUUUUUGGAAGACCAAUUUCCUUUUUCUACGACACCUGCUUCUCGGUCUGAUUCUGUGCCACUUGUUUCUUCUUCACCAUGGCCUGCUAGUGAUAAUGAGUCUUCACCUAUUUCUGAUUCUGUGCCGGCUAUUUCUCCCUCUGGGGCUACUGAGAACUUGGUCACGGACAGAGGCGGAGAACGAGGUCUCGACGGUGAUCUGUGCGGCUCGUCGGGGUGCUAG